ACCUUGUAGAAUAAUGAAGUCAGUUGUAUUAUUUUGUUUAGUUUGUGUUUGUAUUGUUACAUCAGAUGUUCUUGGACAAAUAAGGAACGACAACAAAAGGGUAAGGAAUAACAGAAAUAAAAGCAUCAAUUUUGACAAGAAGAAAGGACGGCAUGGGACGACCAGGUAUGACCGACGUAGCAAAGUUACCACUCAACCUAUAAUAAAUCACAGACCCGGUAUAACCGCUCAGGUGGAUAUAACACAAGCAGUCACUACACCUGCUGUUUGCAAUGAAUGUAAAAGGAAGGAUACCACUCAACAAACAUCCAUAAGUACAGGAGAUGGCCCAGGCACAGGAGGUCUUGGAGAUCAAUAUUGUUACUUUUGUAAAUACUAUCGUCUGAACAUGACAAACUAUAAUAAUUGCCGAGAUCGAUUUUGUGCUUCUGGAUAUCAGAAUUAA